UUGGCUAGAAAACCUAGACUAUCAUGGUGAACAUAUGGCAUGAUAUGCGGCAGUGGCAUUGAUCAUCAGUGGUCAUGUUGAUCAGUUUUCAUGUCGAUGAGAACUUCGAACAUGUCAGAAGAUGCAUCAGUCUUGUGAUGAGAAUAUCCUCAUGUCAUGAGUUAUGGCGUGCAAAGCCGGGUUUUCCAGACUACAUGUACUGUAAGUUGUCAUUUUUACCCCAGCAUAUGUGACACUGGCAGCGAGAGCAAACAGAUCUUUGAUCUGUUAAUGCUGCUACGCAUGUCAGAUGGGAUUUGUCGAUCUACUCAACUAAUCGCUGGAUUUUAUGCAAUUGGUAGAUCCUGGUGCACAAUCUCUCAGUCUUUGUGCCACCAGCCAAUCACCAUUUCUGUUGAAUUCCCAGGUUUGCUAGAGUUUUUUGAAAAAAGAGAACUUCUCGGAGAAGUAAAGACUGAGACCGGUAAUUCCUCCAACAUGUCCAAAGGAUUGAGAGUUUGGAUACAUUCUUGCAUGUGGCUAUUUGAGUCCCGCACAGAUCCAGAGCAGUCAUGAGCUACAGGGCGCUGUACAAGUACCGUUCCAGCGAACCAAACGCACUGUGCUUUGAAGAGGGGGACAGAUUCACCUUGCUGGACAGCAGUGUCGACCCCCACUGGUGGCAAGUGGCAGAUGUCCAAGGACAUGUGGGCUUUGUGCCGGCCAAUUACAUUGAGGAAGUCAGAGGUGAUAAACUGGACGAUGUCAUAUCCUCCAUCGACAGAGCCAUUGAGUUCAUCCACCUGUCUGGAACCGAGAAGGGGGGAACGUUCACAUCUGAACAGAGAAAGACAUUACAAAAACUCAUUGAGCAUCGACAGACAGUAUUAAACACCUGGCAGACCAAGUCCGCCGACAGCUCGGCCAAAAAGCAACCGCCAACUCGUUCUACGUCCCGAUCCUCAGGGAAGCAUCGGUCGGCCCCUCCCCCGCCCAUGCGAGCCGGCAACGCCAAACCAGCAUCCACAAGCCCGCCGGCCACAGGCCCCUCCCAGACGGCCCCACCAAACGGCCGAGUCUCGUUGCCUGCAUCUGACAGCAGCGACAGCGAACGGGGGCACACGAAACAUGAGGAGACAGUGGGCUCGGCCAUCAAAGUGUCUUCCCCGGUGCGGAGUCCGUCUUCGCCGGUGCCCGACAAACUCGGAGAGGAGUUGGUGGAGGUCGUGCGCGUUGAGACUGGUCUUAGCUUUACAAAAUGCACCAUGGCGCUCAGCGCCGCGUUUAGUCGUGUGAGAGAUGCUGUCCCCUCCAUCGCUGGGCCAAUGGAUGAGCUCCUGCAGUCUCUACAGCAGAUGUCAAAUUCUUCGGUCUCUGACGGCAGGGUGACCCUGGAGGGCAGCAAGGACAAGGAGAGGUUAGAGGUCAUUUUUGCAGAGCUGACGGACUGCAAGAACGACUCUCAGCAGAGGAGUUGGGCCCUGCACGAAGACGAGGCCGUCAUCACUGAAUAUCUGGAGGAGCUUAUCGCAAUCUUGAGCGACGCAAACCCGGAUGUGUGCAAAGCAGUCAUACAGAAAGACAACUAUGAGAUCAUCAACUCACUCGUCUCGUAUUACCAAAUGGAGCAUCGCACCUCCCUUCGCCUCCUCCUCCUCAAGACGUUCGGCGUGCUGUGCGGCCUGGAGUCGGCCAUCCUCAGCCAGCUGCUCAGCUCGGUGCUCCUGGUGGAGAUCGCCCGCGACAUGCAGGCGGAUGCCAACUGCCUGCAGAAGGUCUACUUCUCCUCCCUGGUGGCCACCAUGCUGCUGUCCGGUGGGACGCCGCUGCCCUACACGCACUACGAUCAGCUGAAUGAGGAAUUUGUCAGCUACUUACUCAACAACAUCGAGGACCCACCACCCGAAGACGAAUCGGAACAGGUGCCAGACCUGUUUGUUAAUCUCGUGCUAGCCUUCAAUCUCCACUUUACAGAUCGCAAGGCAAAUUUGGUGAUGAAAGUCCUAGCCGAGAGGCAGACAUCGAGAAGGUUCAGCGAGAAGAUCAUGAUCCUAGUCAACAGGGAAGUUGACCCUGUGCGGAUGUUUGAGUAUGACCCCAAGCCACCCAACUCACUACUCAAGUUCCUCUGCGACAUCUUUGCCAGCGCUGACACGUCCUCGCUGUUCUACACCAAUGACAUGAACGUCCUGAUCGACAUCAUCGUCAGGCAGUUGACGGACAGGAGCCCGGGCGACAAGCUAAGGACGGAGUACCUGUCCCUAAUCCACAGCAUCCUGAAGAUGGCGGUCUACUGGGAGAACAAGCACCGGUUGGCCGACCUGAAGAGGAGCCUGGAGAAGAUUGCCAAGGAGGAGGAGGCCGAGAGCAAACCCGACAAGCAGAUACUCAUGGACAUCCGCAAGGAGUGCAAGUUUAACUUCACCAUCACAUUCUGAAAAGAAAAAAAAUUGAAGUGCCUUAGCUCGAACAAGAGGAGGAAGCACUUUGAGGUUUUGUAAUUUUUGUCUCAGUGGAGUCUCUGUCAAAGAAAUUUCAAAACGUUCAACAAAGAGGGAUAUUACAGAUGGGUGAACACAAUCAGAUCCGUGCCGGAACAAGAGAUGGCGUGUUCUUGCAUGGCAAAGAUUGCACUUUGUUGGGAACACGCUGCGUUCGCCCACGGUUAAAUGCUUGGUUGCCACGGAACACGCUGCUAAGCGGGGGCAGCAAAUUUCUGUUGGAAUGUAUGGUCCCCACAUGCGCCGGUGCCCACAUGAAACAAUUCCCACCAACCUCAUCUCUCUUUUGCCGUUAAAGGGGUGCUUCCCGUCGGGGCGGAUUACUGCUUUGAGCUUUCGUCUGUGUGAAGAAGGUUCAGGUUUGUUACACAUUCAGAUGAAAAUAAGUUGCAUGCAAACCCUGUGCCAUUUGUGCACAAACCAAUGGAUGGACGCCAUGUCACCUGCUUUGGACUACUUGUGAGUUCUUAUAUUAUGCACCCUUCUUGUGCAAAGCAACAGGAGUCAGAUUGGUUGCUUUUUGAGAAGAUUCUCUCAUAUAUUGAUCUUCUGUUUGGGCUCAUCUGCGUCUACGAGUAGUUACGGAAUACCGUAAAGUGAGCGUGUUCAUGACGUAAGUGGUGCCACAAGAGAGGAUUCAAAGGCAGGACAAAGGGACGCCGACUCUCGCUCCGUCUCCUUGCUAGUGCGUGACAUCACACUGAACGAGACUGCUGAUUGGCCAGAAUGUGAAGUAUCAGAUCAGCUCCUUUGAAAAUGUGCCCAUGUUUCUAAGCGCAGCGGUUGAUUGCCCUACGGCCAACGGCGCCGUCUUUCAGUGUAACACUCAGCAGGAAACCGCUGCGUUAGAUAGUUUCACCAGAUGGACCUGUGCGACCACUCACCUGUGUAAAUGGACCCUGAAGGGCCAAGAAUCCAGUUAUCAUCAGUUAACUAGUGCAUUGGAGAGAAUGUUCUCAUCUUGCGAGAGCUUUCCUUGAUAACUGUCGCCAUGGCUGUCAUUCCUCUGCUGCCGUUCACUCCCACUCUCUGCUCUCUUUCUGUCCUACAGAAGAGGAUGAAGAAGCUUUCCCUCUGCCACAUCUGGCAGCCUUCAGAUCUAGAGUGUGACAGGGACGGUGGGGACUUUCUGUGGCUUGUUGUCAGGCCAGAUAUUAGUAACGAUCCUCUUGUGUUGACAUUCAGUACAACCCUAACUCAUACAGUAUAGCCUGUCUCAUUUGCAAGUCUUAAAUUAAUAUGCUGUUAUAGCUUUGAUUGUCUGUCGCGUAGUCCUUGCUGAACGUGUAUGCAUGAUUACCCACAAUCGAUAUAUACAUUUAUCUUCAGGCAAACUUGAACUCUCAGGUCUGAUUGGUCGAUCCGUGGCAACAGACAGUGUGAUAUAUAACAGUAUUGCACGGUGCAUAUCAAACCCUGCACAAUGCGCUGUUCUAAUUCAACGCAUUGUGCUAUUUUACGCAAAAAGCAAACGCACGUCUGCUUGACUGUAAAUUCAAAAGUGGCGUGAUUGUCCGUGCUGCUCAUCGCAUGUUUAAAUGCACAUACAAUGCCAACAAUUUCCUUUCUUAGUGUAAGCCCCGCUGUUAUUGUUGUUAUUGAAAUAAGUUAAAACACAGAUAAUUCUUAUGCUCCCUAGAUAAAAUUGCCAAAUUGUGGUACAUUGGUGUUACUGUUUUUGCUGUGCACCGUAUGAUAUCUUGUUUCUUUUUUUUUAUGUACAGUGCGCAUAGGCCCCUUAACUUUCUUUACUGCACGUCAAGUUUGCUUGAAGAUAAAUUUGUUAUAAUGCUUGCACUCGUGGAACACGAAAUAAUGCAGUGCAUCUGUGUCCCGUAUACCACAUGGCUACAUCUGUGUCCUGUAUACCACUCGGCCUUUGGCCACGGGGUAUACGGGGCACAGACGCACUAGGCCUACAUUAUUCCUUGUUCCACGAGCACUCGCGUGAUACGUAAUAGUAUACGUAUUUGUCGUGCUUGAUUUUGGUUAGAUUGUGGGGUUGCCAUUUGCUUAAAUUCAUCUAAAAAUGCAAAGCGCAAUCUUCCGUACUUGAUGUAUUUUUGACUGAAAUUGUUGGAAUGAAAGAGCUUCAGUUUAUCUCAAGCGGUGUCACUGUCCACCAUAAUGUGCUUGUUUUGUUAAUGAAUAAAGAACACAACAGUUUUGCUGGUCCUGAAUCCUUCAGCAUGUCAACAUUGCCAGAGAUUUCCUAGAUGCAAGGUUUUAAAGGAAACAAACAUAUAUCCGGUGAUACCCUUGGAACAGGGCUGAAGGAGAUUAAACUGGCCUCGGACUGUACCACACAUGUAGAAUUCAUCCCUCCAGGAUUGUUACACAUGGGACUCCGUACUUUAAAAAAACAAUAAUAAAGGUCAUCAAGGGUGACACACAGUAACAUUAAAUCCCUAAAAAGUGUCCAGUGCGAUAGUGUUAAUUCGUUCUUGUGCUUUCGCCCUGUUGAUCCUACACGUGGUUUUUGCUAAUUCACUUGAGUAUGGUGGACUUGAUGCGAGACUUCUUUCCAUUUACUGCACAUUUUAAAGGUUUGAUUUAUUUCUGGUUUGGAGAAUUGUGUAAUAAUGCGUGCAAUACUCUGUUUAUACCUGUAGUAGGGGCAGGCAUUGUGCAAAGUAAAGGUAGAUUUUCGCCUGAAAAUGUGUCAGUAUUGACUUUCAUAAUGCUCCCCAAAUUAAGCCGGAGAGCCGUUUUUGUAUUUGAUUAGUUACAGGGUGAGCAGAAACUGUGUGCAAAAAGGCUCCCCCAAAUCAGGGAAAGGACACAUUAUCUCGAUAUCAUAAAUACACGUAUGCUGCAUAUGUUACCACCGCACGAAAUGCCUAUGGAACCCGGAAGGCUAAACCAUUUAACGGAUGCCAGUGUGCAGUAGUGUUAGUUGUGAGUUAUUUAUUAUUCGUGCUUUUAAUUAAUUUGUGAAACGUGCAAAACUUAUACUGGUAUCAAACUUUGAUCUUCCAUGCUUGUAAAACUAGAGACAGGACACGCCAAUUUUUUUUAUUGUACUUGUACUGUGCAUGCAGCCGUUUAUACAUUUUGUUCAAUGCUGUAGCGGAUUUUUACAGUUCCAUGUAUUUAUAUUCCUCUCCUAUCAAAUGCAUGUUUAUUUCAUAAUAUGGAAACUUUCAUCUACACAAAAUUCUUUUAAAGAUGCCUUGACACAACCUUAAAGACUGGCCGGCUCAAAGACUGAAAGACUUUCGUGAAUGGCCGGCAAAGCAAGUUUAUUUAACUGCAGGAGAAAGUGACUCGAGUGAGUAAACCUCAGUGCCAAAUCAAAGCACAACACAUAAAAAACCCACAUUCUGAGUAA